AAUUCCAAGGAAAUCGAUAAAGAAAUGAAGGAACUGAAACGAUUACUCGAGAUCAAAACAAGGGAGGUCAAACGUCUAGGAGAUAGCGAAGAUAGAGGAAGAAAAGUUGAAGGAACUGGAGGAAAUGGUUUAUCAGCUAACAAAGGGGAACGCACGUCUGGAACAGGUUGUGAUGAUGCUGACGCACUGGAAAGCAAGCUGAAGCAGAGAAUUGCUCAGCUGGUAAAGCAAAUAGCUCCUAAGAAAAGACCUGAUGAGACUACAAGAUCAAACAAACCACAACCUCGUCUUUUGGAUGCCCUUACACACAGCGACUGUCGAGAUCCGUGA